UCUUCCUGAAGCCCGGCCUGCGACCACAUUCCACGGCAGCCCGAAGGCUGACGACGACUGCGGGGAGACUGCAGGAGCGAGUGACGGAGGAGGACCGAGACCGAGGGAGCACGGUGAGCUGUGGCCGCCAUGACGCAUCAGGAGAAGCCAGCCAAGAAGGAAGCGGCCCUGCCCCAUAUGACCCGGGCGAAGCGGAAGCUGGCUGCUGCCGACGAUGGCGGCAGUCCAUCUCAAGAGGCCACCACCGUCAAGCGGCCGCUUGCAAGGCCUACCAAUAAGGACCCAUCUCCACGAACGAAGAGGCCCCGGUCUUUAAAGCCGGCAACGCCGAAAGCAGUCACAGCCACGGCUUCUGCCAAGGUGAGGAAGACCUCAGAUGAACCGGCACCAGACGCCUAUAUGAACGUUCCGUCCAUCAACAAGGGACUUUCACGGAAGGCGCAGAGGGUGAGCCGCUACACGCCAUCGCGGAGCUCCUCCCCGAGCGAUGCUACCUCUGCCGCCAUGACGCAGGAAAAGGAGCCAGCCAAGAAGGAAGCGGCCCUGCCCAAUACGACCCGGGCGAAGCGAAAGCUGCCUGCUGCCGACGAUGGCGGCAGUCCAUCUCAAGAGGCCGCCGCCGUCAAGCCGCUGCGUGAAAAGUCUACCAAUAAGGACCCGUGUCCACCAUCGACGAGGUGCCGGUCUCUGAAACCAGCAACGCCGAAAGGCAUCGCCACCACGGCUUCUGCUAAGGUGAGAAAGGCCUCAGAUGAGCCGGCACCAGACACCGAUGCGAAUGUUCCGUCCACCAGCAAGGGACUUUCGCAGAAGGCGCAGACGGUGAGCCUCAAGACGCCAUUGCGGAGCUGCUCCCCAAGCGAUGCCACCUCUGCCGCUACCUAUGCUGCCAAGCGUCGACAGCGCUCGCGAGAUCACUCCAAUGGCAGCAGCAGUCAUCAUGCCAAGAGGGGAAGGAGCCGUGGCAGAUCUAGCCACUCGCUCCCCAGCGGCCGCGGUGCCCUCAAGCGCUAGGGCAGCCACCGAGAAAUGUCCACCACCGACCCAAAGAGCAGCCACGGAAGAAAGAGGGGAUGAAGCAAGAGCCGACGCCGCCACUUCCAAGAGCAGCACGUCCGCAGCGAGCACGUGCGCCAAGUGUCCACUUACGAACUGUGUGACUGUCCUCGGCCACGAGCGCUUUCUUGAGGGCCAGGUCAGCUUUGGGAACAACAGAGAAAUUGGAAUCUGGUCCAUAAAAGGGCCGGCGCUUGACUUAUAGCCGGUAAAAUUGAAUGGACCAUAGAGUUCGUAAUUUUCAGAUUAACGUCGCAAGCUGUCUAUGUUCGUUCUUUCAGAUACCACUCAAAUAAGUCUUGCUUGCAAAGCUUAGCACAUGUGAAGAGGUGGCGGGUUCGACCGAUUCUCAGCCACACCCGCUGCAUUCCGAUCAACCUUCUACGUAACGAAUGUCAUGUAACUGUUUUAAAUCGAUUAGGUGUUUUC